AUGAUCGGAGUUUAUCUACGUUCUGUAAUUUUUCCUUUAUUAUUUGUGAUCCAGACUAUAUGUCAACCUCCUGGGAACGUAUUUCAUCUGGGAUUUCUGCAUUGCGAUGUACUUGAAAACAAUGUGGAAGGAUCCACUACAUAUAUCAAUUAUCGAACAUCUGCAAGUGCAGCGAGUAUUGCAAUUGAUAAAAUUAAACGAGAAGGAUUACUUCUUGGAUAUGACUUCAAAUUUACAAUUCUCUAUGAUCAAUGUGAUGAAAAUAUUGCUGCUGGAAAUGCAAUUAAACUAUUCGCAGAGCACAACGUUGAUGUAUUAUUUGGUCCUACUACCAAUAAUGCUGCAAUGCCAGUUUUCAUUCUUGCCACCUACUACAAUAUCCCACUUAUUACUUGGGGGAUAACUUCAUCAGCAACAUUGGAUGAUGAAUCCAGGUUUCCAACAGCUGGAAUGUUAUCAAUUGGAUCUAGAAGUCUUGCUGUAACAUUUCGUGAAGUAAUGAAAGAGUAUGGAUGGGAUCAAUUUGUAUUUGCAUAUUCUUUGGAAAUGAAUGAUGAAAAAUGUGAAACAUUGAGAGAUGAUUUUCAAAAUAUGGUAGCCUAUUAUGGUGAUAUAGUUUUAUCGUAUGCAGUUCAAAUAAUGGAUCACAGUGAAGAAGGGCUUCUUGCAAUUUUAAAAGAUGUUUCUACGAGAGGAAGAAUAAUUGUUCCAUGUUUUCAUGAAGGAAAUUCACGAGGUCUUCAUCGAAGAUGGAUGUUAGUAGCGGCAAGAAAUGGAUUUGUUAAUGAUGAAUACGUUUAUAUUUUCCCUUCACUUCGAUCUCGAGGAUAUGCUGUACCACAAGCUGAUGGUACAUUUAGAUAUCCAUGGACUGAAGCUACAGGCCCACAACCAGGUGACCAAGAAGCUCUUUUGGGUUUCCAAAAGUCAAUAUUUAUUGUUGAUAUGCAAGGUCAAGGAAACGUUGGAUCAAAUUAUACACAGUUUGAACAUGAAAUUAUUCAACGAAUGAAAGAGCCACCAUAUAAUUGUACAGAUGCGUGCGCGUCUCCUGAAUAUCAAACUGCUGCUACGUAUGCUGGUCAGUUACACGAUUCAGUAUACAUCUAUGGAGUUGUAAUGGAUCAAAUAAUGAAAACUGUUCCUAAUCAGUAUAAAAAUGGAACUGCAUUCCCACGAAAAAUGGCAGGAGUAUUUAAUGGAGUCGGUGGUACAGUAGCCAUAGAUGAAGGUGGAGGACUUCAGCCAACUCUAUUUGUUCUAACACUUGAUUCAAACAAUAAUUCUUCACUUAUUAUGACUGUUGAUGUGGAUCAACAGGAGGCAGUAGUUACAAAACAUUAUACAAAUGAAGCAACUGCUUUAUGGUCUCAUAGAAAAGGAAUCCGACCACCUGAUCAACCAAUUUGUGGAUACACGGGUUCAUUGUGCCCUGCAAACGUAUUUUUUCAAUAUAUUGGGUGGUUUAUUGCAGCCAUAAUUAUAAUUUUCUUUACUAUCAUGGGAGCUAUUCUCGCAUUUAUUUACCUUUGCCAUGCAAAACAACAAGAAGUUGAGCGACAAAAUGCACUUUGGCAAAUACCAUUCAAAUCAAUGAUGACUGUUACAAAGAAAGGAAAAGGAGAACAUAGUAUGAGAAGUAUCAGCAGUGUUCCCAGUACUAUAUCUUCAACAAGAUCAUCAACAUUAUCAGAAGUUGGAGAAACCAGAAAUUAUUUGUUUUUCCAAAUCCAAAAUGAUGUUGAAAUGGAACGAGUAGCAGCGAAAAAACAUUCAAUUCGUAUGGUAUUCGAUAAUAAAACAUGUGCAACAAUGAGACAGAUGAGAUUGAUAGACCAUGCCAAUUUGAAUAAAUUCAUCGGAAUGAGUCUAGAUGCUCCACAACUUUAUUCCGUAUGGAGAUUCUGUUCAAGAGGAUCUUUGGCUGAUGUGAUAAGAAAAGCUAGUAUGCAAAUGGAUGGAUUCUUUAUUUAUUCAUUAAUGAAAGAUAUUAUCAAUGGCUUAACUUGGAUUCAUGAGUCAUCCCACGAGUUUCACGGAAUGCUCACAUCAAAAAAUUGUUUAUUAAAUGACAGAUGGCAGUUGAAAAUCACAGAUUUUGGAUUAAGAAUUUUCAGAACACACGAUCAAUACAACAAAUCUGAUCGAUUAUGGACAUCUCCAGAACUUUUACGAACUGAUGAUAUAUUGGGUAGUCGAGAGGGAGAUAUUUACAGUUUUGGAAUUAUAAGUGCUGAGUUAAUUACCAGAAGUUCAGUUUUUGAUCUCGAAAACAGGAAAGAGGAUGCAGAAGAAAUAAUAUACAUGCUGAAAAAGGGCGGACUUCAAUCUCCACGACCAAGCUUAGAACAUGAUGAAUCAAUUGAAAUAAAUCCUGCAUUGCUUCACCUAGUAAGAGACUGUUGGACAGAGAGACCUUCAGAACGUCCUGAUAUUAAACAAGUAGCUUCACAAUUGAGAAGCAUGAAUACGAAUAGAAAUGAUAAUUUAAUGGAUCAUGUAUUCAAUGUACUUGAAUCAUAUGCAUCAACAUUAGAAGAUGAAGUUGCUGAAAGAAUGAAAGAAUUAGUUGAAGAAAAGAAGAAAAGUGAUGUUCUUCUAUACCGUAUGCUUCCAAGACAAGUAGCUGAUAAGCUGAAACUUGGACAAACAGUUGAACCGGAAACAUUUGAUAUUGUCACACUGUUUUUCUCAGAUGUUGUUAGUUUUACAACUCUCGCAGGAAAGUGUACUCCUCUUCAAGUCGUUAAUUUAUUAAACGGAUUGUACACAAUAUUCGAUGGAAUUAUUGAACAGCACGAUGUCUACAAAGUUGAAACUAUUGGUGAUGGAUAUUUUGUUGCUUCUGGUGUUCCCAGAAGGAAUGGAAAUGAACAUACGAGAAAUAUUGCAAGCAUGUCAAUCAACUUUGUUAAAUCCUUGGCGGACUUUAGCAUACCUCAUCUUCCAGGGGAGAAGAUUAAAAUUCGAGUUGGAUUUCAUUGUGGAUCCGUUGUAGCCGGUGUUGUUGGACUAACAAUGCCAAGAUAUUGCUUAUUUGGUGAUGCGGUCAAUACGGCAAGCCGAAUGGAGAGCAACUCUAAACCGGGGCAGAUUCAUCUUUCGGAAGAAGCAAAUCAAAUGUUGAUGAGACUUGGUGGAUUUACCACAGAGCCACGUGGCGAAGUCAUAAUCAAGGGAAAAGGUGUUAUGGCAACGUAUUGGUUGCUUAAAAUGGACGAGUCAGCUGCCCCGAAAAUUCUGAAGAAAAAACAAGAUUAG